AUGAAGUUCACCACUGUCAUCACUUCCCUCCUCUGCCUGGCAGCUGCCCCGCUGGCCCUCGCAGAGACCGAUGUCACAUCGACUGCGACGAUGACCAUCACCAAGACUCUUGUCCGAGUCAAUACCAUGACUCCUACUCCGACCCCGAGCUCUAGCAUGGUGACCAUGUCGGCCACGCCCACCUCGACCCCUCUCUCCCGUGCUUCUUCCACCACUUCGGCUGUCGCAGCCGCUAGCUCGACUGGCGCCGCUGUGAACCUGGGCGCUGGCUUGCCAGCUGCCAUUGUUGCAGGAUCUUUCGCUCUCUUCAUGGGCCAGGCCCUGUAA